AUGAGAACCGAACCGAGUGAACAGGGAGAGAACUCGACCAACUCGCAGAGCGAGAUGCUGAUCAACCAGCUGAAGGAGAUCACCGGCAUCCAGGACCCACAGAUUAUCUACAAAGCCCUGAAGGCCAGUCAGGGGGACGUUGGACAUGCUGUGGGACUGUUAACAACACAACCGGCAGAGGUUCAGGAUCCUGGGGACCCAGAGGAGCCAGGGGCCCCUGAAGAGGCCUGGGAGGGCCAGAAAGGAAUUCGUAAAGAUGAGCUGCAGGCGGCCAUAGAGCUCAGCCUGCAGGAGUCCCGCAAUGCCCAGGAGGAGGAGAGGGAGUUUCACAGGGCUCUGGAGGCGAGUGCAGAGGAGAACGCAGCGAGAAUAAAGAGAAAACGAUGUGAAGGCGACAUGAGCAACCCGGCAGACUGGAUGCGUCAGGACGACUGGCCCGUGGGCAUCCGCAACGUGGGAAACACCUGCUGGUUCAGUGCCGUCAUACAGUCUCUGUUCCACCUGCCUGUGUUCCGGAGGCUGGUUCUCAACUACCAUCUGUCCGAGCGUCUCCUGGAGAAGUGCAAGAGCCACUCGGACAAGAGGAACAUCGCGUUCAUGCAGGAGCUGCGUUGCCUGUUCGCCCUCAUGCUCGGCUCCACCCGCCGGUUCGUGGAUCCCUCUGCUGCCGUGGAGUUACUGCGUGAUGCCUUCAGGAGCAGUGAGGCCCAACAGGAUGUAAGCGAGUUUUCCCACAAGCUGCUUGAAUGGCUGGAGGACGCAUUUCAACUCUCUGCCAGUGGAAACAACGCAGAGGACAAACAGAAAAACCCCAUGGUCCAGCUUUUCUACGGCACCUUCGUAACUGAAAGAAAACAUGAAGGUAAAACGCUUUGCAACACCGAGCAGUUCGGUCAGUAUCCGCUUCAAGUCAACGGCUUCAACAACCUGGAUGAAUGUCUGGAAGGAGCCAUGGUCGAGAGGGAGAUUGAAUCACUGCAUUCAGAACACAGCGUUACACCCGGUUGUGAGAGAUGGUUCAACAAGUUACCUCCGGUCCUGACGUUCGAAUUGUCCAGAUUUGAGUUCAACACUCAGCUCGGUCGUCCUGAAAAGAUUCACAAGAAACUGGAGUUCCCACAAAUCAUUCACAUGGACAGAUAUCUGCACAGAAACAUAGACCAGAGCCAUGAGAGGAGAGGGGAAGUGAAAAAACUCAAGGAGCAACUUGCCGUCCUUCAACAGAAGCUUGAGUGCUACAAAAACUACGGCUCCGGACCGACCAAGUAUCCUCUGGCUGACAUGCUGCAGUUUGUGUUGGAGUUUGCUACGACAAAACCAACAAGUGUUUCCCCGGCUGAAGACCUGAGACUCUCUGCGUCUUCACCGACUCCGACAAGUCCCCCCCCCAGUGAACCCACAUGCAGAGAGAACGGUGAACAGGAAGACACAGAUUCAUCCGAGGGUCCGGUGUCCAGCGUGUCCAGCUGCCAGCGGACCCCCAUCUACAAGCCCUUCACCCAGUGCAGACCCCCGGUGGACUGCCCCCCCCACCCUGCCCCACACAGCAUCACCGACGAGGAGCUCCACUUUGUUAAGAACUGCCUGCAGCGCUGGAGGACCGAAGUAGAGAAUGAUAUCAAUGAGCUACAGGCCAGCAUUGACAGGCUCAGUCAGAAGCUGGAGGGCAUGUACACAGACAACACUCUCUGUCAGGCGCCCUACAGGCUCCACGCCGUGCUGGUCCACGAGGGCCAGGCGUCGGCGGGUCACUACUGGGCCUACAUCUACGACCACGCCAACCAGCGCUGGAUGAAGUACAACGACAUCUGCAUCACUGAGUCGUCGUGGGAGGAGCUUGAGCGCGACUCGUUCGGGGGCAUGACCAACGCCAGCGCCUACUGCCUGAUGUACAUCGACGACAGGCUGCCGUACCUUAUCACAGAAGACACAGAUGACGAGACAGGCCAGAUGCUGCACGGCAUGGACUCCCUGCCGCCCGUCCUCCGGCGCUACGUCCACGAGGACAAUCGCUGGUUCCAGCAGGAGCUCAGCGAGUGGGAGGAGCAGUUCUGCCAGACCGCCGCGCCACAGGGAGAGACCACCGCUUCGGCCGAAAUCCCGAAUCCUGACGUCCAGCAAACAGCCGUCGAGCCGGCGCCUCAGUCAGGACCCUGCACGGAGGAGGAGGAGGAAGAGGAGGAGAAGGAGAAGGAGAAGGAGGAGGAGGAGGAGGAGGAGGAGGAGGAGGCGGACCUGGAAGCAGAGAAGGAAGCAGAGGCCGAACCCGGAGAGAAGCCUGAAGAGUCAACACCAUCACCACCAUCACCGCCCCCCCCACAAAGCCCUGGCCUCCAGCCCGACGCCAGCAGCACGGCAGCGGUCACCGACACCGACGCCCCGGGGUCCGGUCCGAGCUCCACGUCAGCUGAGAAGGAGCCGCAGAGUCAGACCCCUGACCCCGAAGUCGAGCUCAGAAACCCGACAUCCCCCGACCUCCAUGUGGAGAAGGACGACUCAGAGGCGACGGACCUCGGCUCCACAGCUGAAGACGAGACCGAGGCCUCAGGAGGAGAAGGAGGAGGAGGAGGAGCCUCUGAACAGGAAGCAGAGCAGACGGAGGAGACGCAGCAGCAGGACGUCCCCCGGGUGAGGCAGCGACCGACCGAGGACGAGGUGUCGGAGGUGGAGAUCCCCAACGUGGGCCGGAUCAUGGUGAGGGCUGAUGCUGAUGGAUACAAUGAAGAGAUGAUGCUGACUCCAGCUAUGCAGGGCGUCAUUAUGGCGAUCGCCAAGGCCCGGCACAUCUUCGACAAGGAAGGACCCGAGGCCGGCCUCAUCAAGGCCUUCCACGAGGAGUACUGCCGCUUGUUUGAGCUCUCCCAGGAGGAGACGACGCCCCAGGAGGAUCCUCGGCUGCAGCACGCUCUGGUCUACUUCUUCCAGAACAACGCGCCCAAACGCAUCAUCGAGAGGACGCUGCUGGAGCAGUUCACCGACCGGAACCUCAGCUUCGACGAGAGAGCCAUCAGCAUCAUGAGGGAAGCCCGGGCCAAGCUGCGCCUCAUCAAGCCAGACGACAUGGACAUGGAUGAAUACUUGCAGUGGCAGGACGACUACAGGCUGUUCAGGACGGUGUUUGUGUAUCUGCUGACCGGCCUGGAGCACUACCAGCACGGGAAGAUGCGUGAGGCACUGACCUACCUGGCUCAUGCGUACGAGACCAACUCCUCUCUGCUGAAGAACGGAGAGAAACGUGGCGUGGACAGGUCGCUUAUUGGCGUUUACAGGAGGAAAUGUCUCACUGCGCUGAACGAGAGCGCCUCACGAUUGUUCUGCAGCGGCGAGGAGAGCAAGGUGGAGGAGGGCGUGGCCAUCAUGGACGAGGCCGUGAUCCCCUGUCUUCACCUGAUGAGCCGGGACCUGGUUCCAUCGCAGGAAGAUCGGGACGUCACGGAGAGCAUCCGCAGCCAGUGGUGCUGCUGCCUGGGCCAGGACAUGGAGGACUCACUGCAGGUGAAGUUGGGCGAGUUGCUUCCCCGGGUCCUGGACGGCGCCGCGGAGGCCGUGGUGCUCCAGGACCCCCCCAAGGUGCACGUCCACCAGGCCCACGACCUGUGCAGCCGCCUGGCCGCCGUCAUGGAGUCCAUCCACAGCAUGACCGUGGUCAGCGUGAAGUAA